UCUCGGCGCGAUGCAUUCUGGUCAUGCGCAGCGCAGCCCCUGUCCUCCUGUAUGCUAGUUUGAUCCAUCAUGCAAACCUGAACAACAGUGUUGUUGGACUGAAACACAGCCUAAUGUGUUAAUUCAGGGGAAUCUGUAGCUAGCGACAGGUCUGGGAUGUCUCCUCCAGCAGACCAUCUGUCAGACAUCUCGAGGGCACUGUUGAAGUUCCAGUCUGUGUUGUGUUAAUCCCUUGUGUGCUUUCUUAUGGAGGAAACAGCCCGCCGUCCUCUGCCCCAUCACCACAUCGUGUUGUUCAUGCACGGUUUAUGAUAUUGCUGAAUCUGUGUGGUCAGACCUUCAAACCGACUAUGGCAGUGUGUGUGAAGGCAGCGUGCUGUGCUGGUGUGGAGAGGAAGCUUCUCAGGGUGCUGCUGGACAGCAGUACGAGCUGCACAAAGAUACAUCAACCAUUUGUUGGGAACUUUUAUGCAAAACGCCUUUUUAGCACCGCUUCUCCCUUUUUCUCAAGAAUAUGUGGGACAGUUAUACUUUGUAGUGCUCGUACAAAAGUCCACCCACUAAAGUUCACUGUGCCACUUGGGAAUAGGAAACUGGCAUUGACCGCCCGGAGCUACUGUGAUAUUGGUUCAUAUGCACUUUGCAGACAAACACUGCCUUCUUCAAGAUUUCAACCCAAAAGAUCUCAGAAUGUUCUACAGAGAAAGGAGAGCAUGCUGCCAGGAGGUGCAACAGGGUCAGUGUCAUUUGUGCGUCACAGAAUGACUGACACCCCUGUGUCCAGUGUGUCCCCUGCUUUUGUUGUGAUGAAGUUUGACCAAGAUGGAAAUGUAACAUCUUUUGAGAAGAAGAAAACUGAGCUUUGUCAGGAGCUUAGUCUUCAGGCCAGAGACCUCCGCUUUCAGCACAGCACAAGUCUCACUGCUCGAAGCAACUGCAUCAUCAUUAAGAUGGAGACUUUGAAAGCCAUCAUCACCCCGCAAUCCCUGUUGGUGUUGGAUUUCCGUGGUCUUGGAUUGGAGCGUUGGUUGGUACUGGAGCUGGCCCCUCAGCUAGCAUCGCAGACUCACUCCUUGCCCUUUGAGUUCAGAGCACUGGAGGCCAUACUGCAGCACAAGGUUAACAUGCUGCAAGCGCAACUGAAUGAUGUCGAACCAGUAAUGUUGGACACCUUGGAAUCACUUGUGGAUCCAAAAAUACUUUCUGCUGAUAGAAGCAAACUACAUAUACUGCUGCAGAACAGCAAGAGCCUGUCAGAGUUAGAGACGGACAUCAAAGUUUUUAAGGAUUCCUUGCUGAAGAUUUUGGACGAGGAUGAAAUCAUUGAGGAACUUUGUCUCACCAAGUGGACAGACCCAAGAGUUUUUGAGGAGAGUAGCUUGGGUAUUGACCACGCUGAGGAGAUGGAACUGUUGUUGGAGAAUUACUAUAUGCAGGCCGAGGAGCUGGGAAACAAGACCAGAGAGCUCAAAGGGUUGAUAGACGACUCUGAGAGUGUUAUCUUUAUCAAUCUGGACAGCCAUCGUAACGUGAUGAUGCGCCUGAACCUGCAGCUGACGAUGGGUUCCUUCUCCCUUACGUUAUUUGGUCUGAUAGGAGUGGCCUUUGGUAUGAAUUUGACAUCCAACUUCGAGGAGGACCCUCGUGUGUUUUGGCUGGUGACAGGCUUCAUGUUUUUGGGCAGCGGACUGAUAUGGAGACGGCUGCUGUCAUUCCUGGGACGACACUUGGAGCCCUCUGUACCGCCACUAAUCCCACCAGUUUGGAAGAGAAAUCUAAAGGCAUCAGACAUCAAGACAGGAGUCAGAUGAUGAUGAUGAAGAUGAUGAGGAGGAUGAUGAUGAUGCUGGUGACGAUGAUGAUGAACUACCUCUGCUACGUAAAAUGCCGCAGACCUCCUACAGACUCUUUAACCUUGAAGAUUACUUAAUUACCAUGGAACUCCUUUCUUCUCUCUUCUGAACACAGUCCUCAAAAUUCAUUGAGCUCCCUCUCCCUCUCACACAUACACAAACACACACACAGACACCUACCAUGCCCACACAAACACACACACACCCACACACACACACACGCACAGGUCAAAACUGCAUUCAAAAGUCUGCUGACUCAAAUAUGACAGUGCCCGUUUAGAUGUUCAUUCAUGACAUGUGUGCACACAAUAUUUCUGUGUCAUCUCUGGUUUGAGUGGGUGGAGGCGUUGGCCGUUGGCAGCAUUGGAAGGAGAUUAGAUAACAACUCAACUAACAUGUUUUCUACUCUACAUGCAGUAGUGUGCUCACUCAUUUCAGAGGUAAGAAAUAUUCUGGAAGAUUAAAUCCUAUUAAUUUAAUUUGAUGAAAUGUAAACCAAAUAAAUGUGUGACCUCUAUCGUGAAGUAUAAUUAAGUGUUAUUUACUCUAUGCUCAGUAUGUAAAUGUAGGAAUUCUUUGUUGGUUAAACUGGUCAAUGUAUAUAGAUUCCUGAAAUACUUAGUGAAGAAGAAAGUAACAGAAUAUUCAGGAAACUGAUGUGAUGAAGCUGAUUUGUGUAUUGUUUUAAAAUUGUCUCAUUUCAUUAAGUUUCUAAAAUUGAGAUUUACCCCCAAGGACUUUAACACUUAAUGAAUUCUUCCUUCUCCUUUUUCCAUAAAGCUGAUAUAUUCCACAAGCAUUUAUAUCUAACAGAACCUCAAAGACAACAUGUCAUCGUUAUUAGCAGACAAAGGUUGUUAUUCCUGAAUACUUGACCCUAAAAGUGUCAUAUGUAGUUCUGACAAACUAUAUAAAGUUGCCAACACCGUCCACUGAAGAAGUUGUUAAUUAAAACCCAAGUGGUCACUGUAGCUUAGAUGUACUAGCAGCAUACUGUAGUAUAUUGUCUGGUCUGUAAAAAAUCAGAAAAUGUCUCUCAGUGUUCUCCUAAGCCUGAAAUAACUUCAUCAAGUGUCUUGUCCCCAACACAGAAUAUUCAGUGUAGUGUCCUCAGGGAGUGAAGAAACCAGAACAAAUUCAUAUUUCUAGAGCUGGUUGCCAGGAAUUGAUCAUCAAAUUAACCUGUUCUAAAUAAAGGUGGCAUAGUUCACAAUUAAUCAAUGUGUCAUCACAGCUGUUGGUAGACUGUCUUAAGUUAUGAGGUUAGCAGAUGAUGGGGCACUUUUCAUGGUUAUGGAGUGAUGUUUACCCAAAAUGUGUAGUGAAUGGAACCAUGUGAAACCGUUCUUGUACUUUUAUUUGAUAUUAGAACAAAAAGGUAAAACUCAUUUUGAAUGUAUUCUGUCUUGAGUCAAGUGUGACUUAAAGCUGCUGUUGGUAGUCGUGAUAUAAACAUCAGUUCGGAGAGAGAUAUAGAAUGUCAACACUACCCAUUCCCAGCCAAUCAGGCCGACUUAGUCGGGGCUGCCGCCAGAUCAAGAAGGACAGAGGGUCAAAGAGUAGCUCUGAUUGGCCCGUCAUAACGAAAUUGAAGGGGAAUAAUAUUGUUUGAUACAAAUGCAUUGGAAAACACAGAGAUUUGGCCAUAAUCUCAAAUUACUUAAAUUACAGAUGAGUAAUUACUGAUAAGUACCCUGCUCCUACCAACUGCACCUAUGGUCACUCACUGUGACCAUAAUUCCAAGUGUUUAACCUUAACCCUAACCCUAUUCCUAAAUGUCACAACAACACAAAGGUCCUAGAAAUGUGGUCACAGAACUAUGGUCCUGAAACUGCAGGCUCUGGCUCUGCAGACCUGUAUCAUUUAUUUAUGUCCACUGUGUGGUUUGCUGUUAUAACCACUUUCUUCACUAGAGGGUGCUUUAUAUCUAGUCCAUCUUAAUACUCUCUUAGAAGCUCACUCUGGUUAGUCUCAAAUGAAACAAUAUGCAAUGCUAAUGUGUUAAUAUAAUUUGAUGCUUUAAGAGACCACUGUGCAAUAAAACGCUGCUUUGACAGUU